GGCGGCUCGCAUCGACGCGUACCAGUUCUCCCCUUGCGGCUUUUCCGCCAAUGGUGUUGUGCCCGCUGUCGCGGGCGCCGACAGUACUCUCAACAGUCUCCAAUGGCUUUUCCAAGCCCGGCCGGGGACAGUGAUCCUGUACUCGGUUUUUACGACAAUUUCUUACCCGUUCUUUGCCUCCCAAGUCUCACGCCCGAAGAAUUAUAUACAGCGGACAGACUUUACGAGCUGGGACUAGAGAUGAAGGUGGCAGCUCAACAAGCUUACGGGAUCUCAUCCACGCUCGGUCCUGUUCCAAGCUACGCAGGACUGGGGCUAGAACCAGCUCUAAGAUUUCCUCCUUCCAGCUGGAUGACUCCCAUUACUCCCAUUCCUCAUCUAGUAAAUCCAUAUUUGCUUCCAGGUUCCGCGGCCAAGGCCGUGUGCGGCCACUACUUCACGGUCCACGUCACCCCUGAGCCUCAGUGCUCUUUUGCCUCCUUCGCAACCAACGUUCCCGGAGGCCAGAACGGACGGCAGACAGCUGAAGUCAUUGAGCAGGUUGUUAACAUCUUCCGCCCUAGACGUUUCAGUGUGACUUUGUUCGAGGCCAAGGGCGCAUUGGCCACCACACCCGGCGAAAAUGCUGAUGAUUCCCGUCGCACUCUGGCAACUUCAUCAACGGCGCUGCUGUGGAAUACGGCCUGCAAAACAAGUUUUUCAACCCUCCGGCCGACCAUUUAACCGGCAGCAACUCAAACAGAGUCCCGCAGAAUGUUCCUAUCGCCAUGGUUACCCUCACCAAUCUACCAGCAGCCAGCGCCGCCGGAGUCAGUGCGGUCCGGCUCUAUUGACCGGCUCCUGCAUUGUUUCCAGGUUAUUCCCGUCUCCGGCCAAAUCCACGAGGAAAAGUCAGGUCCCCGGGACUUUUUUCACA